AAUGUCGAGUCAUAUUUUACCGUAGUUGCAUGCCUUUGCAAGUGGAUGGUUUACGCGUGGUAUUUGCAGGGCCAGUAUGAAAGGGAUGACAUCUGUUUACAGGAUGCAUGUUAAAUGGUAAAAUUCGUAGUACAAGGGCUAAUCCAGCACUGUAUACUUUCAGGCGAAAACUACUGGACGAUAACUGCAAUGGCACCUCACAAAUUUGUCAUUAAGUGUGGGAACUUUGCUGUGCUGGUGGAUCUUCACGUUCUGCCCCUGGGCAGUCAAGAGGACGCCAGCUGGUUUACUACAAGCCACAUUGAGGAAGUUACAACUCUGAUUCGUGAUGCUGUGGCUCAAAGAGUCGAGCGGUACUCCGAGUCCUUUCUAAAAGGAAGACAGCCAAAGAACAAAAAGGAGCUAGCACCUGCUACGGCUUUUACCGUGAAAGGGAAAAAUUUCAACCUCAUCGCCAAUUUUCUGAAGCGCCACUCCAACCUUCGAUGUAUCGUCAAGCCACACCAUGGUGAAUUGCGUGUGUUUCCUGAGCGCUACGUUGUGUGUGCAAGCCGUCGAGAGGAUGCCGCAAUGCACUGUUCAAAACCAAGCCCAACCGCAACCGAGCUGAGUGAACAAAGCAGAUCCGAAUAUUUUUCCAGAGAGGGAGAAAUCCAAGAGUCUUUCAACUGCGCCACAAAAAUAAAGAAGACCGUGCUUCAAAAGAUAGCCCAAAAAUGUAAUGUCCAGCAAGAGCACCGGGUUCCCAUUGUGGGGGAGCAGCAAAUUGAGCAAAGAACCAGCAUUGAAGACCAAAGCGGCAAAUGUGAUGGUCCCCACUCAUACUCGAGCUCAUUCCUAAGUGUCUCUAGUGCUGGAAGCGCCGCCCCUCAGAACAUCGGGCAACAGGCACCAUGCUCCAAUGCUGUGACUCAAAACCAAGGCAUGACCUAUCAGUGGAAAACUGCCGGUUGUUCUCCAGACAACAGGAAGCCCAACAUGGCCUCGGUGGGUUUGUGCCCGCAUGAAAUCAGUCCAGGAACCAGACGGAGCAAGAGGGGUAAACCCAGCGAUUCAGAAGACCCUCGCCCACUCAAGGCCAAGAGGACAGGCCUCCGCAGUCCUCCAGCCACAAUGCAAACUGACCCCAGUGCACGCUUCACGCAAACAUCCGAACACGACCCUCUUCCUCUGCCACCCCAUCCUCUAGACGAAACCAAGGCAGAGUCCAAGGCUUUCCCAGUCUCCGAGUACAAGAAAACCACAGUGGAAGUAGAGCUGCUUACUCCAGGGAAACGGGACCGUAGGCUCCCCCUCACAAGCAAUAACACAGCACAGACGAACCAAAACAGGCCGGCCGCAAGUCGGAGGGGCCUAUCUGUCAAGCUUGCAUCCUCGGGCUCCUCUAUUAGUUCCAGAUCCACAGGCGGGGAGGAGGGAAGUGAAAAUGUGCCCAGAACCUCGAGAUUACGGCGACUGAAGAGAUCCUGAGGGGAACAGAGGAGCUACAGUAAAAAUGCCUGACGCCAUCCAGAUCGAAACAAAAUUGUGUCAAGCCCCGUCAUCCGCCACCAGCCUCCCUCCCACCCUCGCAUUUGUACACACACACACACACACACACACACACACACACACACACACACGGCCUUUUACUACAAUUACUAUUCUUUUCACACAAAGCCGCACAUGCGGAUCCAGUACAGAGCACAUAAUUGAUACAUGAGCGUUUUGAGUUAUGUUUUGUCAAAUACUUGAAACAGACUUCGCCUCCACCCAUAAGUAGUGGUGGUCAGGAGAGGCUUGCAAAUGAAAGUCAAAAACCCUUAAUUGGAGUUUAGACUCGGGUUUUGUGUUAAAGAUUGGGGAUUUCAGACAGCCAGGAGCCAUGCAGUACGUCAUGGCUUUUAGCCUGAAGUACUGUGGCUCCCAUGUGUCUGUAAAUUGUCCACUUUCCCUGCUCGAGCUCUGCUUUGAUUGAUUGCUGUUUCCAGAUUUAUUUCAUCUGUUUGUUUUUUCUUCUUUUUUCAUUUGAUUUUAUUUUUUAAUUCUUAGAGCAUUUUCAUUCAUACAUGAUUCCCAUUCAUACUUAUUCCUGUACUUAAGAUUCCAAAGACAUGAAAUAAACUAUCGCAAACAA